AUGCCUGCUCUUAAAGUACUCGAUUUGUCUAGGACUAGCAUUAAGCGUUUGCCUGAAUCUGUCUCUAACUUGAAAUGCCUCAUCACAUUACUUUUGAGAUGUAAGAAAUUGAGUUACAUGCCUUCAUUAGAAAAAUUGCAACGGCUAAUGUGGUUGGACCUUUCAAAUACUGCCAUUAUUGAAUCACCUUAUGGCUUGGAAUUGUUGAUCAAUCUUAGAUAUCUUAAUCUAGCAGGUACAGUACAGUUGAAAAUGUCAUCAUCAGUGAUAACCAAUAUGACCGAUCUGCAGUCUCUUAGGUUGAACUGUAUCCCAAAAUCAAUGGAUGGGAGUGCACAUGUUCUACAAUGUUUGGGAAAGUUAGAAUAUAUGACAGCCAACUUUUAUGACAUUGAAGAGUUUAAUUCCGAUGUUCAGAGUUUACAGGUCAAAGAUCGCGCCCUCAAAGGUUAUUAUUUAAGUUUAGCUACAUCAUAUGAUGGUUAUCUUUUAUUUUAUCCUGAACAUGAGGUCCAUUCCUUAAAAUGGGUUGUCUUUGGUGGUAUUGAUUUGGAAAACCGAGCAGAGUUAUAUCUUCCAGAAGACAUAAAGGAGUUGAUGAUUACACAUGCACAUCACCAUUGGACAGGAACAACAUGUCUAUGUCAGACUUUGUCAUUCCCUAAGCUAGUCAAAAUUGAAUAUUUGAGGAUGCAUGAAUGUGAUAAGCUUGAGAACUUGUGUUGUGGCUCUCCCACUUGCCCAUUUUGGUGCAGUGUCCAAUUUAUGCAAACAUUGAGGCUCACAUGUUUGAAAGACUUGAAACAAAUAGCGGCAUCAUUUGCUCCAUUUUCUCACCUCCGAAAGCUCAAAAUGCAUCAUUGUGGCAGCAUGAGGAUUCUGAUGAUGUGGGGAUUAUUUGCACAGCUCCAAAACCUAGAGGCCAUUCAUGUAAGCGGUUGUGAUUCAAUGGAAGAAAUAGUUGGAGACGAUUGUAGCGGUGAAACUAUUCCCCCUACCACCAUCACCCUCCCCAAACUGAGACUUGUGGUCUUGGAGCAGCUUCCAAAAUUAAAGUCCGUAUUCAGAGGAACCCUACUCUGUCCUUCUCUCAAAUCUUUUAGAGCCAUCUAUUGUGAGAAACUAAUUAGCCAACCUCUGAUAGAGAUUGCAAAAGGAAAUGCGCUUCAGAUGGAGAAGAAGGAACUCUUGAAUGGAUACGAGUUCAAUCCGUGCCUUGCAAUUUUGGGUCUUUUAAAACCCAAAAUGCAGGUUACAAAAUCAAAUGGAUAUGUGUUUGAAGCUUGGCGAAAUAUUUAA